UGGCGGCGGCGGCCGAGCAAAGGCCCAGGCCCGCCUCUCUGCGGAGCCAUCCCGGCCCCUGCCGCUCGGUGAUGGAGAUCGGUCACCAUGGUUGAUGCUGGAACUGGAUGCUGGCGUUGGCGGUUGUGGCCUAAGGAUCUGCCCUCUGCCACUUGAGCAAUAGUCUGCAGCUGACCGACCGGCGGCAGCGACGAGGCCGCCCAGCGACUCCCCUUCCCUCGCCCUUGCAUUUCACCACUUGGGCGCCCCCGGACCUGGCCCUGAGAUGUGGAAGUUGCCGGUCAUCCCCCUGUUGAUCAAUCUCUUUGGCUCCCUUCUGGGCUUCGUGGCAACUGUGACGCUCAUUCCAGCCUUCAAGGACCACUUCAUUGCUGCCAAGCUUUUUGGGAUUGAUUUGAACAAGACUUCCAAGCAACCGAUCCCAGAAUCCCAAGGCGUCAUUAGCGGGGCGGUGUUUCUGAUCAUUCUCUUCUGCUUCAUCCCGGUGCCCUUUCUGAGCUGCUUUGUGGAGGAGCAGUGCAAGGCCUUCCCACACCAUGAGUUCGUAGCACUCAUUGGUUCCCUUCUCGCCAUCUGCUGCAUGAUCUUCCUGGGCUUCGCGGAUGAUGUCCUCAAUUUGCGCUGGCGCCACAAGCUGCUUCUGCCCACCAUGGCCUCGUUGCCUCUGCUCAUGGUCUACUUCACCAACUUUGGGAACACCACCAUUGUGGUGCCCAAGCCCUUCCGGAUGUUGCUGGGCAUGCACCUGGACCUGGGUAUCCUGUACUAUGUGUACAUGGGCAUGUUGGCUGUUUUCUGCACCAACGCAAUCAAUAUUCUUGCUGGAAUCAAUGGCCUGGAGGCUGGUCAGUCGCUGGUCAUCGCUGCCUCAAUUGUCACUUUCAACAUCAUAGAGCUGAAUGGGGAUUACAAAGAUGACCACAUUUUCUCUCUCUACUUCAUGAUUCCCUUUUUCUUCACCACGUUGGGGUUGCUGUAUCACAACUGGUACCCAUCCCGUGUGUUUGUGGGUGACACGUUCUGCUAUUUCGCUGGCAUGACCUUUGCCGUGGUGGGAAUCCUCGGGCAUUUCAGCAAAACUAUGCUGCUCUUCUUCAUCCCUCAAGUGCUCAACUUCCUCUACUCCUUGCCUCAGCUCUUCCACACCAUCCCUUGCCCGCGCCAUCGGCUACCCAGAUUCAACGUUCACACAGGGAAGCUGGAGAUGAGCUAUUCCAGGUUCAAGCCAAAGAGUCUCUCUCCCUUGGGAGCACAGAUCCUUAAGAUAUCCAAGAAACUCCAUCUGGUUGACGUGCAUCGAGGAACAGACAAAGAUGGAGAAUACAUUGAAUGCAACAAUAUGACUCUCAUUAACUUUGUGAUAAAGCUUAUAGGACCAACUCCUGAGAGAUCCCUGACUGUUGUGCUGUUGAUGAUGCAGGUUGCGGGGAGCAUCGUUGCCUUUUCUGUCCGGUACCAGCUUGUGCGUCUGUUCUACGACGUCUGAGCUGCCCUUUCGGCACCUGCUCAAGCCCCCACCUCUUGGCUUGCUUCUACGCGUGGCUCAGAGCUGCACAUGGCCUGCAGCAGCCGGUCCCCCUCCCAGAAGGGCUUCGGAAAGGGCCUUUGGGGAUAUACAGGUGUCUUGCGGUGGGGCAGUGGGGGUGAUGCCUGUUUGGGGAUGGUCUGCUGCUUCUGCUCCUAUCAUGGGAGCUGCACUGUGUGUUCCCGUAGCAUCGCUGCUGUACUGACAAAAGUGGAAACGUCACAAUAUGGGUGGGUGGGUGGGUUGACGGGCUGGUUUUGUAUAUCUUUCUCUGGUGCAGCGUUACACAGCUGCUACCGCCGCCACGAACGUCUUUUUAGGGUGAACAGGCCCAAAGCACAUGCAGCCUGGACUGAACUGCUCCCUCCCUCCUUCUCACUGGCUCCUGCAUGUUAAGUUUCCUGCGAGCGGAAUAAGCUGCAGCCGCCUGUGAUUUUCUCCUGUAUUGGCAAGCGCCCUUGUGAAGACGAUGAGGAAACAGCGUUCUCCCUCCGGUCGGCUAAGGCCAGCUGCAACAACUUUAGCGAUGAGCUCCUGAGCCAGAGCCCCAGGCAGCGUUGGGGAGGGGGCUUUGUAAAUAUUCCCCCUCGCCUGGGUGAGUGAAGGGCUUUAUGUCAGUGUCACUUUUGUGUCUCAUGGUUGGCGAUGAGGUGCCAGAACUGCCACCCCUAAGCAGGCUCACGGUGGAGGGAGAGCCCAGCGGGGGUGACUUCAGCUCACGCUUGCGUAAGUUUGCGCACGGAGCCCAUUCAGGACUCCUGCACCAAACCACUUCUGUGCUACGUCCACUCCCCCUGCCCACCACAAACCCCCAAUGGAGAUGAUUUUGAUGGUGCUUUUCUAUGCCAUUAUCUUGUGCACAUUGAUGGUGGUAGACCUGUCCAGAGCAGUAAAAAAAAAAAAGGGCCAGUGGUUAAUGCAUUCUGAGGAUAUGGGAAAGGGGGAGGAAUGUUAAAAACCAAGGGAUAUUUUAGCCUUCAGUCAGGAGGGCAGGAGACAGACGACCCUUUAAUAAAGCCAUGAAUGAAUGGAA